AUGGCUUCCUCCUAUUCAUAUCCUGAAUUAUUUUUGGCGGGUUUUAUAUUUACCUUGCCAUUUUUAUAUGAAAAAAGCAAUGUUUUUCGAUAUUACUUAAAGUUUUUUGUUUAUUAUAGUUACGUAUUAAUAACGUGUACAGUUUUAUUACCUGUAGUAUUUUUUCAUCCGCGCGAUGUUACGAAUCUCAUCGUGGCUUCCCGAUUUUGCCGUUUCGCUUCGCAUAUUAUUGGCAUUGAAUGGGAAUUACGCGGUUUGGAGCAUUGGGAUAACGAACAAUGUUGCAUUGUGAUUUCCAACCAUCAGAGCUCUUUAGAUAUUUUAGGAAUGUUUGAAAUGUGGCCGCGUAUGAAGAGAUGUACAGUGGUGGCGAAGAGACCACUUAUGUUCGCUGGUGCCUUUGGGUUUGGAGCUUGGCUUUCUGGUCUCGUAUUUAUUGAUCGUCUUAAAACUGAUAAAGCUCGUCAACUUAUGAGAGAAGCUACAGAGAGAGUAAUACGAGAAAAGACUAAAUUGUGGAUUUUCCCUGAAGGUGCAAGAUUUAACAAUGGGAAUAUACAACCAUUUAAGAAAGGGGCAUUUUAUCUAGCAAUUGAUGCACAGAUCCCUAUAAUGCCUGUUGUUUUUAGCCAAUACUACUUUCUUGAUAAUGAAACUAAAACAUUUGAACCAGGGAAAGUAGUGAUAACAACAUUGCAACCUAUUUCCACAAAAGGGAUGACUCAUAAUGAUAUAGAAGCAUUGUCUGAAAUGGCACGAGAACAAAUGAUUCAAGUCUUCAAUGAAAGUUCCAAGGACUUAGUAAAACAUAAAAAGAUUGCAAUUUAA